AUAAAUGUUUAUCAAGAAUUAUUGUUCCUAGUUCUAAUAGUCGCCUUACGAUGGCAUCUAAAGUUUAUUUCUGCCUUGUUGGGUUAGGUCUUCUAGGAGGGGUAGUCAGAGGUGAGGCCCCGUCUGAAUGUACCCCUGGGAACAACAAUCUAGGAGAAUGCGGCUGCGCUGAACAAAUAUUUAUAAACAAAGAUUGCACACAGGGCUACUACUGCUCCAACAGUACAAGUGGGUGUGGUAUAACUUGUGGUGAGGGAAAAAUUCUUCUUGUAGACCCUAGAAACGAGAGUUUCUGGAGGUGUGUUGAUUAUUCUAUUGAUUUAGCUCGAAAAUGUCCUGGGAAAAUGAACACAGAUUGUGAGAAGUGUGAAGAGGAAAGUUGUCCGUUUGGAGAAUGUGAUUGUCCUCAACAGUACUUCGUAUCAGCAGACUGCAAAACAGCAAGAACCUGUAAUGACCGUUUCAUCAAUAAUAAUAUAACCUGCACAGAUAACACAAUUGUGGAUAUAAAUCUCAGCCUCAAUACUUCCUUGAGCCUGAAAUGUAUAGAGGAUGAUGGAAGAUGCUUAAAUAGAGCAUUUAACUUUGGAUGUUCAGCAGCAACAACAACAACAACAACAUCAACAACAACAACAACUAUGAGUACAACAACCAAAUCCUCGACAGUCCUCUGCUCUUACGCCAACAACACCCUAGGAACAUGUGAGUGUGGAAAGCAGUUGUUUAUCAACAAGGACUGUACAGAGGGUUUCUACUGUAUGGAGUCUGGGUUCCCUGAAGGUGUAAAGGCUGAUGGUUGUAUAAAAUCAUGUAGACCUGACGAGAUUCUUAUAGUUGAUGUUGGAAAAUAUGAUUGGGAAUGUGUUCCUAAAUCCUUUUCACCUGGCCUAAACAGGAUAUGUCCAGGAGAAUUUCAUGUUGAAUGUCCUGGAAACGGAGAUAUAGGAGAAUGUGAAUGUGACGGUCAACUCUGGAUUAAUGAUGACUGCAGAAAAGGGUUUUACUGUAGCAGUAAGAUGCCUGGGGGCGGACAAGAUAUCUCAUGUAAAGAGGAGGAGCGUAUUAAUGUUAAUAUGAUUAACCAAACAUGGUCUUGUGUACCGGAUGAUGGCUUGUGCCCUGGUGGUCUGCAUACACAAUGCGAAACAACAACAACAACAACUGAACCAAAUGCAGCACCAGCAAUAUUUAGUUCAUUGUUUACCAUCCAAAUACUGGGAAUAAUCCUUUACUUCACAGUUUAAUUCUUCUAACCUUUCAAGAAUACAUCUUAUUGAAAAACAGAUUGUAUCAUUUCGGCUGUAAACAAAAAAUAACAUCACUUUAACUUUCAUAAAUACUUGGUAGUUUUUAUAAUAUUCUUUUCUUUUUGUAACCUUGACCUGAAGAAAAAAAUAUUUGCUAUAAAUAAUUUUUGAAAAUGCUUUAUUUCGAUAUAUGAAUCGAUAAAUAAACAUAAGAACUUAA